GUGCCAGUAUCGAUAUAUUUCUUGAUGUGUCACCGCUAUUGAACUUCUCACAACAGAAAUUUUAUUGUGAAAUAAUAUUUCUUAAUAUACGCCACUAUGAGCGUGGAUAUAUCCAGCACGAUCAAGUUCCGGGACAUCUGUGAUCUGUUCGAGAAGCUGAAGGCCACCAAAAAGGUUGCCAACAAAGAGGAUGUGCUAAAGAGUUACUACGAGUCAUUCUGCCGGCAUCGCGAAUCUUUUCGCAAGGAAACCGGCCUGGCCGACGACCAGGUGGAGAGCGGAGCCAGCAGCUUCUACUCCGUGCUGCGCCUGCUACUCCCGAGCGCGGACACAGGCCGAGACAACUAUGGGCUGCAGAUUACGGCGCUGGGCAGGCUCUACAUUCGGGUGCUUCAGCUGGCCAAGGACUCCAGCGAUGCCAUAAUGCUGCAGCACCGCAGUGGGAACAUGUACAGAGACUACGGCGAUGUGGUCUAUGCCGUUCUUAAGCCGCGCUGCUUCAAUCCGGCAAGCAAUCUGCGGCUCAAGCACAUUCACGAAAUGCUCGACACCAUUGCUAACGGGGACACAACAGUUAAGGAGCAGGAACUAAUCCGGUUUACACAGGAGGCCUCGCCGGAGGAGCAAAAGUGGCUAAUACGACUGCUCCUGAAGAGCCUGGGCCUGGGCAUUGGCGAGCAGAAAAUAUUUGGGGUCCUACAUCCCAAGGCACAGGAUAUCUACCAGCGCUGCUCGGAUCUGGGCCAUGUUUGCAACCUGCUGGCCGACAAUGCCACUGACCUGAACGCCAGUGGCACCUCCAACUCCACGGACAGCAAGGACAAUGUCAAGCCCGUAAAUCUGAAUGCUGUCAUUCGACCAUUCCAUCAAAUCCGUCCCAUGCUGUGCGAACGCUUUCCGGGCGACAUCCAUGAGCUAAUGCAAUCGGACGUGCUCUAUCUGGAGACCAAGAUGGAUGGGGAGCGCUUCCAGCUGCAUAUCGAUCGCGGCCGCUUCAUGUACAUCUCGCGGAACGGCGUGGAUUACACACGCAACUUUGGGGACAGCUACGACCGCGUCGGCACCCUGACGCCCAAGCUAAGGGGCCUGCUGCCGCUGGGUCUGCAGUCCAUUAUCCUGGACGGCGAGAUGAUGAUAUGGGACACCGUUCAGGAGCGCUUCCGCGAGAAGGGCGAGAACACGGACGUUAAGAGCCUGAAGCCUGACCGCAGCUGGCAGCCCUGCUUCGUCGUCUACGAUCUUUUGUAUUUCAAUGGCCAGAGCCUUCUCGACCACACCUACAUCCAGCGUGCCUACAAGCUCCAGAAGCUGCUGGUGGAACAGCGUGGCGUGCUGCAAUUGAUGCGUGGCCGCAAGAUUGGCUCGGUGGAGGAAUUCAACCAGCUCUUCCAGGAGGCCCUCGACUCCAAUGCCGAGGGUAUAGUGCUGAAGAAGCAGGGCUCCGUCUAUCAGCCGGGAGUGCGACUGGGCGGUGGCUGGUACAAAGAUAAAGCGGAUUACAUCAAGGGCCUUAUCACGGAGUUCGAUGUGCUGAUCAUUGGCGGCUUCUACAAUCGCAAGCGCACAUUCAUCGAAUCCUUCUUGCUGGGCGUCCUCCAGCCGGCAUCAAAUGGCAGCACCUCCUCCCAUCGCCAUGAGGUCUUCAGCAUUGGCUGCGUCACAAAUAACACACAGCAGAGGGGUGUUUUGAAUCACACCCUGAAGCCACAUUGGCACGAUGUGAUCAAGGAGCCGCCACCGCUGUGGUAUCAUUACAAGGCGAACGAUCGGACGGGAUGCCCUGAUCUCUGGAUCGAGCCACAAAAUUCGAUUAUCUUGCAGGUGAAGGCGGCCGAUUUGGCACCGAAUUCGGCGUUCUUCACCCGCAAAUCGUUGCACUUUCCGCGCAUCGAACUGAAACGUGAUGACAAAUCCUGGAACGAGUGUAUGACGCUCAAGGAGUUCAACGAUCUGUGCGAAGGUUCCAAGGCCAUCAAGAAGCUAAAUAAGCGUCAGCUGCGACUGGAGGACUUGACCACGAAGCGAAAACGUCUCCGAAUGACACCUUCGGAACGGAGCCGCAUAGGACUGUCCGUCUACGAAAAGCGCUGUGAGCUAGAUCCAACCAGUUCGAGUCGCACUAAGAUGUUCGAUGGCCUUAGCUUUUGCAUUUUAAGCGGCUCGGCUGGGCGUUAUAGCAAACGGCAGCUGCAGGAGCUGGCCGUGCUGAAUGGAGGCUGCAUCGUUGAGAAUCCCCUGCCCAAUGAUCCCAAGUGCUUCUGUAUUGCCGGCGACCAGACAUUCUUGGUUAAGCGACUCAUUCUGCAGCAGCCGCGCACCUGCGACAUUGUGAGCAUGGACUGGCUGCUGCGGAUCUGUCGAAAGCAGGAACUGGAGCUGCGGCCCAAGGAUCUAAUGGCGGCCACCGAGCCACUGCAGCGAGAGCUGGCCGAGUGCUUUGACAAGUUCGGGGAUAGCUACGAAAAGGAUAUUGCGGACAUUGAGGAGUUGCAGGAGCUGCUGCUGGACAUGGACAAAGUGACAGUAGAGGAAGAGGAAGCGGUGUCAUCUGAGCUGGAUGCCUUGGAGGAUCAACUGCUGGAGGGGAAAAAGAGUCUUAAUCUGUUCCGGAACCUGUACGCCGAGUUCUACGAGCCGCACGGGGAUCGCUUGGCCAAGAUUCUGUUUCUACAGAACGGUGGCAAGUUGGCUGAAGCAACCGAUCCAAAGCUCAAUCUGGGCUUCAACUGCAUGCCCUCGGGCAUGGAUGAUGAUCACCUGGAGCAGUGGCUUCAAAACCACCCAAGGCUGAGUGCUGACAAAAUGCUAAACUCUGCCUGGAUCCACCAAUCGCUUCGGGAAGGGCUUCUCCUGCCCCAGUCGAGUUUCGUCUGAUGACGUAUAAAUUAAUAUAUUUUUUUAAGUACU